UGCUGUUCGCCGCCCAGCUGCCCGCACCACCUGCGUGACCGCCCCGUUGGGUCUCGUCACUUUAAAAGCACCCCUCCCCCACCUCGGCCGGAAGUCCCCACGGACCCUUUAAAUCCGCCUCUCUGGCCGGAAGUGCGAGAGUCCGGAAGCGUCGAGGGCGGGGAGUGGGCCGAGCGGGCUGGGACCGGUGCUCAGAGGGACAUAGGCAGGGAGGACCUGGGCAGAGAAAGCCGCCUGCACUGGUCAGGCAGCACGACGUGCCAGGCCCGGGGCCGGGGCCGCCCUGCUCCUGCGGGGGCGGGCUCUGAUCCUCCGUGCACCGAUGAGGGUGUGAACGUGGGCGUGGCUCAGCGGGAUUCGAACCCGGGCCGGCGCGGCUCCAGCGCCUGGGUCACCUCUGCCUUGCGGGUUUCAGCUGUGCCCAGCCUUGUGACCACGGGCACAGCAGCACCGAACCAGGCGCCACCCCCGGCACUGCUGGCCAUGCUGUGCUGGCUGGUCCUGCUCCUGCUGCCCCUCCUGCCGCUGCUCCUGCUGCUGCUGCCCGCUGUGGCCCUGCACAGAUGCCUGGGCGCCAGUCUGGCCCGGCUCGCCAGCCUCCAGCAGCAGGUGGCCUGGGGAGCCCUGGGCUGGGCGGCCACCUGGCAGCGGUACAGACUGGAGCAGAGCACUCGGCACGCAGCCCGGAGCCAGCAUCAGGCCCUGGCGAGGUGCCUUCGGGGAGCCCGCCGCGCCCCCGGGGGGAGCACAGACAUGAGCACCUUCCGGAACCUUCUCCCUCUGACCAAGCCUAGCCAGGCCCCGGAGGAACAGAAUGGGGGGCAGGAGCAGCUCCCCGCCUCGAGCCAGUACCCCCAGGAGGCUGCCCUGCAGGCCACAGUGCUGGGUGUGGCGGCCCUCGGCCAGGCCCACCCUGCCACGAUGUCUCCAGGGGCCACGGCCCGUGUGACCCCCGCAUCCCCAUGGCCGUGCCCGCUGCCCUGGCUGGGGCCCAUCCUGGGCCAGGCGGGUCCCCCCGGAGCCGAGGACCCCAGGGCCCUGCUGCUGGCCGCCCUGAGGUCCCCAGGGCUCAGGGCCCUGGAAGCCCGGACGGCCACGGAGCUCCUAGACGUCUUCUCGGGCUUGGAGGCUGCUGGCCAGGAGCUGGUAGAGGCCAUAGCUGCAGGGGACCCUGGGGCGCCGCUCCCAGGUCGGGCGGCCGAGGUGCGGGCAGCCCUGGAGCGGGGACCCCGGGGACUGGCCCUGCAGCUCUGGCCACAGCUGCAGGUGGUGGUGACUCUGGAUGCCGGCGGCCAGGCUGAGGCGGCCGCUGCCCUCAGGGCCUUGUGGUGCCACGGCCUGGCCUUCUUCUCUCCAGCAUAUGCAGCCUCUGGAGGUGCCGCCUGGGCGAUGUCAUACAGGUGGUUGGCGCCCAUAACCAGUGUCCGGUGGUCAGGUUCGUGGACAGGUAGGCGCUGGGUGCCGAGGGCUGCCCCGUGCGAGCCCUGGGCUCCGGCACCUCUGCCUUCUUCCUCCCAGGCUGGGCCAGGCCCUGAGCGUCCGAGGGGAAGUCACCAGCGAGCGUCUGUUCUCCCAGGCCCUGGGCCGGGCCGUGGUGCAGUGGCCAGGUGCCAAGUUGCUGGACCACUGCUGCGUGGAGAGCAGCAUCCUGGACUCCUCCGAGGGCUCCGCUCUGCACUACGAGGUGUUCCUGGAGCUGAGGGGGCUGAGGAAUCUGUCGGAGGAAAAUCGCAACAAACUGGACCUCUGCCUGCAGGAUGCCUCCCCACACUACAAGUUCCUGCGCUUCCGGGGCAGUGUGGGCCCUUCCCAUGUGCACCUGGUGGCCCGUGGGGCCUUCAGUGCCCUCCGGGCUGCCCUGGCUGCUCGGCUCUCGUCCUCUGCUCCUCCUGCGAUGCCUCGAGUGCUGAGGCACAGGCAGCUGGCCCAGCUCCUGCAGAGGAGGUUGCUGUCCUGAGCCAGCUCUCCGGGAGCCCUGGGUCCCCCGGGAGAGCUGAUGUUGGCCCAUCAGAGCCACUGCAGGCAGUGCUGAGGGGGCAGGUGGCAGGCUCCUCCCCUGAAUGCCCCUGGAGAGUCCCCAUUCGACCCAUGGCUUCCUGUGUGCCCCCCGCCCCUGGCACAGCCCUGCACCUGACCUGGGUGCUGGGUGGGCUGGAAGCAUGAGGGGCAGGGGGGACUCCCCAGGGGGAGGCUGCCAAUUAAGCAUUGGAGCUGCUGAAUAAAGAUUCGGUGACAUGG